AUGCCACGUAUAUUUCAUACUGCAACUCUGUUGAAUUCAGGCAAAGUUCUCGUCGCAGGCAGUGGAGGAUAUACUGGUUAUACGGCUACAUGUGAAUUAUACGACCCAGUAACCAAUAAAUGGCAUGCUGCUGCAAGUAUGACGAUACCACGUGGUUUUCAUACUGCAACUCUGUUGGAAUCGGGUCAAGUUCUCGUCACUGGCGGUAGUACUUAUGAUGUGGACGGUGCUUUGAAUACUUGUGAAAUAUAUGAUCCAUUAAUGAAUAAAUGGAGUCCCACUGGAAGCAUGGCGACGCCACGUUCUAGUCAUACUGCAACUCUACUCAAUUCAGGCAAAGUACUUGUCACGAGUGAUGCGGCUACUUCUGAAAUAUAUGACCCAUUAACGAGCCAAUGGAGUUCUCUUGCUAGCAUGGGACCAGUAGCGCGUUAUAAUCCUACAGCAACCUUGCUCAAGUCGGGUAGUGUUCUUCUCAUUGGUGGCACUCAAUCAGCUAUGUAUUCGACUAGUUCUGAGAUAUAUGAUCCAUCAACAAACAAAUGGGAUACUGUUGGAAGCAUGACAACGGGACGUAGAUUUCACACUUCAAUUUUGCUCGCUUCAGACAAAGUUCUUGUCACUGGUGGUGUUGGAUAUACUAAUUUUUUGAACAGUUGUGAGAUAUAUGAUCCAACAACGAGCAAAUGGAACAAGAUUACUAACAUGAUUGAAGAACGUUCUUCGCAUACUACAACGAUGCUUAGAUCAGGAAAAGUUCUUGCAACUGCUGGCUAUGGGUAUACCGGCUUCCUGGAUAGUUCUGAAAUAUUUGAUCCUUCAACUGGUAGAUGGAGUGCUAGUGCACGAUUGUCAACAACACGUGCUUCACAUACUGCCACCAUGCUCAAUUCAGGUAAUGUUCUUAUCACCGGUGGCGAAAACUAG